UGUAACCGGCUAGCCCCGUCUGGUCUCGCCCCGUAGAGUUGACACCCUUCCCCGACAACCCCCCCCUCGGCAGCGGCUGCGCUGUACAGUCGACAUGGCAAGGAAAUAUCGCAUUUUCUUAACCAGAGAUGGACAUCUUCCAAGUCGUUUGGAAUGAUAUUCAUCGUGUGAUGUGACCCAAAAUCCACAAUGUGUGAGGACAUUUAGUUCGGAAGAAAACAAUUCUUGAUUCCAGUGGAAUCUUUCAUAUAUAUAUAUUAUUAUUAUUAUUCUAUUCUUUUUCUGUCAGUUUAUACACCUUUGCACGCACUAGUCCCCAACCACACAUAUAAUCAUCAUCAUCAUCAUCAUGCCAGUUCAAGCACCACAGUGGACAGAGUUCCUGCUCUGUCCCAUCUGCACACAGACAUUUGAGGAGACGGUUCGGCGGCCCAUCAGUUUGGGCUGCGGUCACACCGUCUGCAAGAUGUGCCUGAACAAGCUGCACCGCAAGGCCUGUCCCUUCGACCAGACGGCCAUCAGCACGGACAUCGAGCAGCUGCCGGUCAACACAGCCCUGCUGCAACUGGUGGGAGGCCAGGUUCCUAAGGCCCAGCCAGUGGCCUUGAUUAGCAGUCCUGAGGACUCGCAGCAUUAUGAGGAGGCCAGGCAAUGUGUGGAGGAGCUGGCCCUCUACCUGAAACCCCUCAGCAACACACGAGGAGUCGGUUUGAGCAGCACAGCCCAAAGUAUGCUGAGUCGACCCAUGCAGAGGAAACUGGUCACUCUGGUCCACUGCCAGCUAGUGGAGGAGGAAGGCCGCGUGCGGGCCAUGAGGGCCGCCCGCUCCCUGGGCGAGCGAACCGUCACGGAGCUCAUCUUGCAGCACCAGAACCCCCAGCAGUUGUCCUCCAAUCUGUGGGCUGCCGUCCGUGCGCGCGGGUGUCAGUUCCUUGGCCCAGCGAUGCAAGAAGAGGCCCUGAAACUGGUCCUUCUCGCACUGGAGGACGGCUCGGCUCUGUCCAGGAAGGUUUUGGUUCUCUUUGUGGUCCAGCGGCUGGAACCUCGCUUUCCGCAGGCCUCCAAGACGAGCAUAGGUCAUGUGGUGCAGCUUCUCUACAGGGCCUCCUGCUUCAAGGUGACCAAACGUGACGAAGAUUCAUCCCUCAUGCAACUGAAGGAGGAGUUCCGCACUUACGAGGCUCUGCGGCGUGAGCACGACUCUCAGAUUGUGCAAAUUGCCAUGGAGGGCGGCUUGCGCAUUGCACCCGACCAGUGGUCUUCUCUCUUGUAUGGGGAUCAGUCCCACAAGUCACAUAUGCAGUCCAUCAUAGAUAAGCUGCAGACCCCAGCGUCCUUUGCCCAGAGUGUCCAAGAGCUCACAAUCGCCCUGCAGAGGACCGGCGACCCAGCCAACCUCAACAGGCUGCGGCCUCAUCUGGAACUGCUCGCCAACAUCGAUCCCAGCCCCGACGCUCCCCCGCCCACCUGGGAGCAGCUGGAGAAGGGCUUGGUGGCGGUGAAGACGGUUGUGCAUGGCCUAGUGGACUUCAUCCAGAACCACAGCAAGAAAGGGGCUGACCCUCAACAGCCUCCACAGCACAGCAAGUACAAGACGUACAUGUGUCGUGACAUGAAACUGAAAGGAGGCUGUCCCCGCGGAGCGAGCUGCACCUUUGCUCACUCUCAGGAAGAGCUGGAGAAGUAUCGAAAGAUGAAUAAGCGCUUGGCGGCUCGCCUGCCCGGUUCAGGCGGGCCCGAAGAAGGCCUUCCCCUCGACGUGUCCGUGACCAGGAAGCCUUCGCCCCUCACCAACGGGAGCGUUGCGCCCAACCUGCCUCAGCUCAUCGCGCGCGGCGCAGACACAGUCCCGUACGAAUUGCUGCGGAAGCCCCUCAAGAUGGACGGAGGGUGCUCUAGUGCCCCGGGAUCACCACCUGACCUCCUGGACCCCAUGCCCAAGACUGGUAUGCCUCUGCCACCUCAUGCCCUGGCUCACCCACGGAUGCCUUCAGAUCAUCUCUCCGGCGUGAAGCAAAUGCCUGUUGCCCGAGGCUCGCCCGUGUACCCCCAGCAGCAGCAGCUCCCCGAGAUGUUCUACUCUGACACGCGCCCGCCACCCUCUGCUUCCCAGUAUGAGCCAUCGCAGUAUCCUCCAGGGUACCCCUACCAGCAGCCACCACAGUAUGUUUCUCGGGAUUACAUCCGUAACCCUCCGCCCCCGAGCGAGUCAGGACCUCCUUACCACGACCCAUACCCUGGUUACGGACCAUCGGAGCGCCCUUACCAGGCUCCUCACUCGGGUCCUCCCUUUUCGUACCCUCACCCAUCGCACUAUGAACGUGUACGUCACGGGACCUACGCUGGGCCGCCGCCGCCGCCUCCGCCGCCGCCUCCUCCGCAGCCUUACCUGUCACCGAGGGAUGGUCUGGUCAGGAUAAGCUCUACUACGCCGUUGGAUGUUCCCCCGCAGUCAGCCGGACAGGCUACCUCCAUGUACCACCACCCAGAGCCCAGUGUGCGCGAUCGAUACCCACCGGAAGGCUACUACCCAUCAGGAGCUCAAUCGCAACCCAUGAGGACUUGUGUCAGGGCUUCGUAUGCCGGCUCCCAGCCCAGUCUGGACUAUCUCCACCGCCGUCGCCUGGAGCUCCUCUCCCAGCUGGAGGAAAGGAAAGUUAUUUCUCCACCGCCAUUUGCAGCCUCCCCUACUCUCUCGCAUCCGUUUCCAAGCGACUAUCCUCCUGAGUACGGCGACGAGCGUACCAACAGCAUCGGGAAAUGCAGAGAGCCAGACUACGCCGGCCAAUACUCUCCAUGGUCGUGCGAUACCAUUAGCUCCUACAUCGGCACCAAGGAUGCCAAACCCAAAGAUGUUCUGGCUCCCGGUGCCAUGGACAUGAUGAAUGUGGACCCUAAGGUUCUGAGGGAACCGUCGCUGGAGGCCCCCCGGAGGGGUGCAGAAGUAAAGGACGACGACCCCAUUAUCCCGUUUGGUCCCCAGCCCACAGUGUCACGCUUUGGCGCCAUCUCCCGUACCUCCAAGACGGGUUACCAGACCGGCCCUGUCCAAGCUAUGGUCUCCACCCCACAGAACCCAAACUCUAAACACAUGUCCAUGGCCGAAUACAUGUAUGGAAGCCAUGCGGGUUGGGGCGGAGCUUCGUACCCCUCCCACCAGACAGCCCAGGAAAGAGAACAGUUAAAGAUUGAGCUGCAGCAGGUCAACCAGCAGAUCAGCCAACAGACACAGAUGCAAAGCAUUGAGUCUGCCAGUAACCUGCUGCAGAGAGAGACCAGUGCUUUAGCAGGCCCGCCAGUGAGCAGCAGCCAAGUUCAGGCUGCCGCCGUGCAGUCGCAGCAGUCCCUCAAGUGGCCAACGGGGGGGGCCAGUGCUGCGGCCGCAGUCUCCAGUGAACAGCUAAGCCUGGAGCUCCACCAGGUGGAGAGAGAGAUUGGAAAACGCACUCGUGAAAUGGCCAUGGAGAACCAAGUCGCCCACGAGGUUCAGCAGUACAAGAUGAAAUCGGCUGAGAAUGGACAACCAGAGCACAAGACCCAACUGGAAGAAAUCUCCCUUGCUCUCGGUGAGGUGUCAAACGGCUCCAGUAGUCUGCAAGAAGGUGCAGUGGGCGGGUCCGUGCUGUCACUGACAAACAAGACGUCGACAUUGAGCCUGUGUUCUGACCCAGUCGGGACGAGCUCAGAAAUGCAGAAGAACGGGGUUGUCCAUUCCUGCUCUUAAGCAGUACACACACUUGCACGCACGCACACACACACACACACACACACACACACACACACACACACACACACACACACACACACACACACACACACACACACACGCUCUGUUGAAAAGCAUGCACCAGGCAUACAUCCACAUUCUAUUUAGAAGAUGAGCAGUAUCUGCCGUGAUAUGAAUUUUCUUUCUUUUUGUUCUGUGAAUGAGCUUUUUUUUUUUUUUUUUUUUUAAUGACUUUCCUUGCCUGGAAACCAUGGCAUAAGAUAACAUUUCUUUGUGUGUGUUUUUGUUGUUCCUUCUCUCUCUCUCCCCCCCCUUGGAUUCUAGACUUAACAAGGCUCACAUUCAGGAAGAGGAACAGGGUGGUGAUGGUGACAGUACAACUAAAAAGGGAUUCACUCAUCCCCCUCUGCCCCUCCCACUCUCAAGAUUCAUGUCACACGGCGUGCAAAAAAACGAAACAAAAAAAAAAAACGGUUAUCGAGGCAAGCGGCCUCCAGAAUCUAGCGUCACACUAAUGCGCGGAGAAGAGCAGCAGCACGCAAGUUGUCCCUCGCCCCCAGAAUCGUAAAAAAGAAAGAAAAGUGCUCGCACAGAUCCAGAUGGUCUGGGAAGGGAAAGAACGCCACCUGACUGCCACGAGAAGCAUGAUUUCUUUUAUUUUUUUUAAUGAAUGCAUUUUUAGGAUGGACUACUCGUGCUAUGUCUUUUUGCAUACUUAACAGCAGUAUAUUAAAUAUUUAAUGGAAGCAUUCUGUUUUAAAGAUUGCAACUUUCUUGAUAAGGGAAUGUGCUUCUUCCUCACCGUGGUCACAAUAAUGUACUCCACCAAAAAACAAAAAGUGCUUUGGCUGAAUGCACAUCUUCAGGGUCAGAAGUCACCUUCCUCCAUCAGGGUCAAUUUUGACUGAUGAGCCUUUCCCUCCUCAGAGCUUCUCGUCUGGCCACUCACUCACAAAACAAAAACAAAAA